CUGAUACUCAAUAUAUAGUCAUGUGUAUAGGCUAUGGUAUGAUAGUUUUGUAAUUUGUAGAGUGCAUCACAGUAAUUUUGGAUGAAGGGGUAUUGCCAUCAGUGACAGGAUUAGUCAGGAUAUCUACAUUUAAUCUAAAUAUGUGCUGUACUUUGUAAUUUAGUAUUGAAUCCAGGCUGUCCGCAUACUGAUUGGCACGUUCAGUGCUUUCUAUUGAAUUUAUCCAAGUUAAAACAUGCAGGUGGGCAAACGGGUGUUGAUAAUCUUUUCCUGAAGCUUCUCUGUAAAAGUCUACCUGUGCAGAAAUUGUGGGUACUACAGUAGAGGAAUCAAGCGCUAUCAUGGCAGGACUUAUCAAACACAAGCAGUAUGACUGGAAGGACUCAAAUUUGGCUUUGUUUGGUUCCGACCUGGAAAGAAAGGUGAAAAAGGAAUCAGCUGGCGGUGAACCAGCCUGGAAAGGAAUUGGUCAUAAUGUUGGUCUAAGGAUAUGGAGAAUAGUGAAAUUUAAGGUGACUGAAUGGCCAAAGCAAGCCUAUGGCAAAUUCUUCAGUGGUGACUCAUACAUCAUUUUAAAUACGUACAAAGAAGAUGGAUCAGAUGAGUUGCUGUUUGAUGUCCACUUCUGGAUUGGAAGAUACAGUACUCAGGAUGAGUAUGGCACAGCAGCUUACAAGACUGUAGAACUGGACACUUUCCUGGAUGACAAGCCAAUACAGCACAGGGAGGUGCAAGGGCAUGAGUCUGAACUCUUCAAAAGUUACUUCAAAACAAUAACCCUACUGGAGGGAGGGGCAGAAUCUGGAUUUAAUAAGGUGAAACCCGAGGAAUACAAACCACGUCUGCUGCACUUCAAAGGGGACAGGAGGAAUGUCACUGUCAAAGAGGUGCCGCGGGUGAAGAAGAGCUUGAACUCUGGGGACGUUUUCAUCCUGGAUUUGGGCCGAAUGAUUUAUCAGUGGAACGGUUCAGGCAGCAACAAGGAUGAAAGAAUGAAGGCCAUGCAAUACCUGAUCGAGUUGAAAAGUGAAAGAGCAGGAAAGGCUCAGUCUGAAACCAUAGAAGAAGAUUCCACGGACCAAGAUCAUGAGUUUUAUGCCAACCUAAACGGUACAGAAGAACAGUGUGAGAAGAAUCAUUCUCCAACUAGCAAAGAACAGGAACUUUUCAGACUGUCAGACUCUACAGGAAGCAUGAAAUUCAAGUUGGAGAAGAAAGGAAUGGUCCAACUACGAGAUUUUGACAGCAAGGAUGUUUUUGUGCUUGAUACUAAGAAAGACCUGAUUGUGUGGGUUGGGAAAGAUGCCUCACAGAAUGAAAAAAAGAAUGCAUUGACAUAUGCUCAUUAUUACCUUAUGAAGAGCCAAACUCCAUUUUUGCCUGUAACAUGUGUGAAGGAAGGGAAAAAGUGUAAACUUUUUAACGUUGCCUUGCAAGCUUAAGCUAGCUACAGUAUUCUGACAUCUGGACAUUGUGUCAUAUAUUGUGUCUUAAACCAUCAUAGAUAGAGGAUUUCCUUUUCCAUAAACUAAACAGUGGUACAUUGUGAUAAACAAAAGAAAACACAAAUAAUACAAUUUUCUUGGUUAUGUCUGUAAAAUACAAAUGUUUUUAAGUAAGUAGGUGCAAAUGUAUGGUUUUCUUAAGGUGUGUCUUAUUUUUCCUGUUGAAUUAAGCAGAAAAAUGUUGCAUAUAUUAUAUCCUUGGCUAAAGAAAUUGAAACUAAUGCUUUUAUACAUGGUUAUAUACGUAUAUGUAUAUAUAUGCUUUUUAAAAAUAGGCCCACUGACAAAGAAGAACCGAACAGAUUUUUUUAAAUUUUCAUAUUUUUAAAUCACUUUUAUAGGUCUUAAUUUAGAGUGGAGUUCCUCUACAGUUUCUUUUUUAAAAAGUGCACAUGAUAAAGAUAAACACUAUAUUGCCUCUCAUGUCAUAAUAUAACAUGUUAAUAGAUUUUAUCUCUCUUUUAAUCAUAUUCAAUAUUGUGAAUGUAGUGAUCACAUGUGUUUGUUUUAAUGUCAUCAAAUGUCUCCUGUUCCCUUUGUCCCAAGUGGGCUAUCCUAAUCCCUCAACCUUUUUUACCACCACUGUGACCAAUACUUUGAAACAUUCUGACAGAACUAUGGGGUGUAGAGAAAUAAUCUGCAGUUUUAGGACGUGGCAGAAGCAAAUCAUUUUUGGUCUCAUUUUCACAAUAAUUCAGUGCAUAAAUAGCACUGAAAAAAACUGCUUCAGUGGUUAAAAAGGUUGAAGAUUUACACAAAGUCACACAUAUUUUAUCAUUUAUUUACCAUGUGUUUACCAAGGUUUUUAAGUCUAUAAUAACUUCCUGUUUUGGAGUUUAUUAUAACAUCUUCAUAUAUUAAAUUCAUAUAUGUUAACUUAGAAUAAGUUUUCUGAAUUGAAACAUGAUUUACUAUUGCUUCAUCUACUGUUACAUAAUUGCAUGAAUAUUGUGUCUAGAAAGCAGUCUGUCAUGUUCCAUGCAGUUUUCUAAAGGCAGUACACUGUCAAGAGCAGCUUUAAAGUAACCUCAAUUUGGAAAGUGCGCAGGUGUAAUACAAAUACAUGUGUGUGUUUACUUGAGUAAAGUAUAAAAGUUGUGGUGAAAAUCUUAUAAUAGCAUUAUAUGGGAGACAGUUAUGCAGAAAGCUUAUGAAUACAAAGUUUUGUGAAACUGGAUUAGUAUAGAUAUAUGUACUGUUGUGUGAUGUUUUGUGUCAAAUACAUGUUUCAAGUUAUA